GGGAAGCGCCGAGGUUGCCUGACUGGAAUGAGGGUAGCUGCGGCGACUGCGGCGGCGGGAGCGGGGCCGGCCAUGGCGGUGUGGACGCGGGCCACCAAAGCGGGGCUGGUGGAGCUGCUCCUGAGGGAGCGCUGGGUCCGAGUGGUGGCCGAGCUGAGCGGGGAGAGCCUGAGCCUGACGGGCGACGCCGCGGCGGCUGAGCCUGAACCCGCUCUCGGGCCCGCGGCGGCCGCCUUCAACGGCCUCCCGAACGGCGGCGGCGCGGGCGACUCGCUGCCUGGGAGCCCGAGCCGCGGCCUGGGCCCCCCGAGCCCACCCGCGCCGCCGCGGGGCCCGGCGGGCGAGGCGGGCGCGUCACCGCCCGUGCGCCGGGUGCGGGUGGUGAAGCAGGAGGCGGGCGGCCUGGGCAUCAGCAUCAAGGGCGGCCGCGAGAACCGGAUGCCGAUCCUCAUCUCCAAGAUCUUCCCGGGACUGGCGGCCGACCAGAGCCGGGCGCUACGGCUGGGCGACGCCAUCCUGUCGGUGAACGGCACCGACCUGCGCCAGGCCACCCACGACCAGGCCGUGCAGGCGCUGAAGCGCGCGGGCAAGGAGGUGCUGCUGGAGGUUAAGUUCAUCCGAGAAGUAACACCAUAUAUCAAGAAGCCAUCGUUAGUAUCAGAUCUGCCAUGGGAAGGUGCAGCUCCCCAGUCACCGAGCUUUAGUGGCAGUGAGGACUCCGGUUCUCCAAAACACCAGAACAGCACCAAGGACAGGAAGGUCAUCCCUCUCAAAAUGUGCUUUGCUGCUAGAAACCUAAGCAUGCCGGACCUGGAAAACAGAUUGAUAGAGCUACAUUCUCCUGAUAGCAGGAACACGUUGAUCCUGCGUUGCAAGGAUACAGCCACAGCACACUCCUGGUUCGUAGCUAUCCACACCAACAUAAUGGCUCUCCUCCCACAGGUGUUGGCUGAACUCAAUGCCAUGCUUGGUGCAACCAGUACAGCAGGAGGCAGCAAGGAGGUUAAGCACAUUGCCUGGCUGGCAGAACAGGCAAAACUAGAUGGUGGAAGACAACAGUGGAGACCUGUCCUCAUGGCUGUGACUGAGAAGGAUUUGCUGCUUUAUGACUGUAUGCCGUGGACAAGGGAUGCCUGGGCAUCACCGUGUCAUAGCUACCCUCUUGUUGCCACAAGGUUGGUUCAUUCUGGCUCUGGAUGUCGAUCACCCUCACUUGGAUCUGACCUUACGUUUGCUACCAGGACAGGCUCUCGGCAGGGCAUUGAGAUGCAUCUCUUCCGGGUGGAGACGCAUCGGGAUCUAUCGACCUGGACCCGGAUACUUGUUCAGGGUUGCCAUGCUGCUGCUGAGCUGAUCAAGGAAGUCUCUCUAGGCUGCACAUUAAAUGGCCAAGAGGUAAGACUCACUGUCCACUAUGAAAGUGGGUUCACUAUCUCCAGGGAAAAUGGAGGUUCCAGCAGCAUAUUGUACCGCUACCCCUUCGAAAGGCUGAAAAUGUCUGCUGAUGAUGGCAUCAGAAAUCUGUAUCUGGAUUUUGGUGGUCCUGAGGGAGAACUGACCAUGGACCUGCACUCCUGUCCGAAGCCGAUAGUAUUUGUGUUGCACACAUUCUUGUCGGCCAAAGUCACUCGCAUGGGACUGCUUGUAUGAGCAGCAAAAAAAUCAGUAAAGAGCCUUGAAUGUCACAAGAAGUAUUUCCACCUCAAAAAAAAAAAGAAAAGAAAAGCACAAAAAGAAAGCUCUUUGCUCUCUCCUCCAGCACAGUGCCUUGACAAGGACCUGCAAAUCACUGCUGAACUGUAACCAUGUUUAAAGAAGAGCUUGCCUUUCUCAAGCUACCUUGCCAGAAAUUCUAGGACUCUAGUAAGCUCCAAAAUAAGGCUGUUGAUUUAUUGUCUAGUUUCCUAAUGUGGUUUCUAAGUAAUUAGGUUUAUUUCCCUUGAUAAGAAGGGUGGCUCAUUCUUUUUCUUUUUGGACAUAAUCAAACAUCUAAGAGUUUCUUUUUUUUUCUUUUUCUUCUUCUUCCAAUAGAAUUUGUUUCAGGCUUAGCCUUGAUCUUUUGCUAAGGACAACUAUCUCUUACCAGGUGCUAGUUUGCAGCAGCCCGUGCUUCUUGGUCACUCCAUAUAGUUUAUACAUUUUGUUGGAUUUUACUGUCCUCACUUACUCCUUGUACCCUAGGAAGUCCUUGAAUUGCAUCACCAAAGGGUUCUUCAUCUGUCAUGGCUCUCCCUGCAUCCCACCCUGGCCAUCACUUCCCACUGCAUCACAAGCUUUGCCACUCAUAAGUACUAACUUUAAGACUUAGAACUUGCAAGAUUUGAUUUACCUUGCCUUCCACUCCCUUUCUAGUAGUGACCAACUUGAAAAACAAGUUGGAAACCACUGCUUUGAAAGAAAAGUUUUGCUUGUUUUAGGAUUUUCUGAUUUUAUCUUUGGUAGGAGCCAGGGGAUAAAAUUUAUUUUAAAAGAAAAUCCUCAUUUUAGCCUAAGCCAUUUUUUAUUGCUUACCAAAUGUGCCUUUGGUUAGGGUUAGUGGAGCUUUAUUAGUUUGAAUGACUGGAUAUCACUGCCAUUCCAGGGAGAUCAUCUAUCUAAUUUUGAACAAUAAUUUUUGAGGUGGGUUUCCUUAGUACGGUAUCUUUUUUAGUUGGCAGAUCUCUUUAAGGAAGACAAAUCCUGGAGAGCCAGCUUGUUUAAAGAGUACACUUUGUCAGUGAAGCCAGCUCGCUCUUUAGCACAAACAUCAUGUCACAUUGCUUUGAGCUGUGGGAGCCCAUGCAGGAUCCGGGCCCUGGCCCUCUCCCUCUGUGGCAGCAGAGUGGCAUCCGUCAGCAACUCUAAUUCAGUGCUGGCUCAGUGAUGCAUCCUACAGUGGGCAGGGUGAUGAGACCAUGGAACAGCUACCUGGGCUUUGCUAAGCAUUGCCAGAUAUCAUCAUUAGGACAUAGCAGCAGUAAGAUUGCUGAUUUUGUGGUACUGGAGAACUCAGCUUCUUUUUCCUAAUUAUGAAGGAGUAUAUAUCUGAAAACAUUUAAAAUAGUAUAAUAGCUAUAUAAAAUGUCAAGUUUAGCACAGUUCCCAGAUCUGAAAGAAAAGGUAACACUGACUUUGAUGUUCUCCCUGCUCUCUGAAGAAAGUUCUAGGAAUAGUUCUCAUUUACUAGAGUUAUCAGGAAUGCCAUAAGAGGACGUGAGCACUAUGGAGGGUGGAGAAGGGUAGCAGUCCAAAGAUGAAAAAGAAAAAAAAAAAAAAAAAACCACAAAUGUACUAUUUGCAAAGCAAGAGCUAUUUGGUUUGAGUGCAGACUGACCUAUAGGUGGGACAUAUAAAAGAGCAGACUCAUGAGCAGAGAGAGUUCUAGUUGGACAUUGUAACCUCAUUGUCUUCCCUCUGCCCCAUAAAUGAGUUCUUCCCCCAGCUCCAGUCCCCAAAGUCUGAUCUACUUAAAACUGGAAAUUGAAAUCUAGACUAGAAUAUAUCUUUUAAGAGCUUUUUUAUGUUUUGAAAAUUCAUAAAUCUAAGUUUGGUUCCAUCUGGGAUAUGUUUGCAAAUCCGAGAAGAAAGUAUCUUGAAGAUCCAGCUGUGAUUUCUGGAAGCAGAAUCUCAACACACAAUACCCUCAGAUAAGGGAGCUUAGACACUUUUGGCAGUGAGAGUAUUAUUAAUCUGAGAAGUCGAACAAUGCAGUUACAGACUUUUGCAGCAAAGCCAUUUGGUGAGGUUUUCUGUGUUAGUAUGAAAGGCUAAGCCACUGAGAAUAUUUUCUGGGAGAACUUCUGAGCCACGGUGCUCAUUCCUUAGAUGAAAAAGAUCUGUUAAAAGGUAUCAUUAAAAUGUGGGCAGGAGAGGUAAGCAUUGUGUGCAUUUCGGCUCAUUUUGCUCAAGCUUUAGCUGUCAUAGCACCAAGAUCCAUAGGUUUCUAGUAUCUUUUGAGUCUUGAUGUGAAAUCAAAGUGUAUGGAGGGUUUCCUUUGACCACUAGCGCCCCAAGAGCAAGAGCCCUUCAGCUGCUUGUUUAACAUACUUCAGCAGCUCUCCAGUCAUGGGUGACCAGGUUGUUCUUUAAUUAAGUGUGUUUGUGGGAUUUUCAAACCACAAAUGAAGUGCUUUUUAUGAAUGGGACAGCCUUGAUAAAUAGGUAUUUUGUAUUAAGACGCCAAAAUGUGGCAAAUUAUUUUCAAGUGAUAGCUGAAGAGGGGCAUUUUUGAUAUUUCACAUCUUUUAUAGAACAGCUGACUUUUCAUUUCUUUUUCACUUUGAAAUAGGAAAAUUAUUGAGAAUGUGGUGGGCUUCCAUGUGUAGAGUGGAAAGGAGCUGCAGAGUAGUGCCCCCUCAUUCCGAUGGACACUCCUUGUGCCCUCGGGACCCGGGGCUUAGACGUCUUCUCCACAUUCCACACAGAUGCCUACGAGCAGCCAAUUGGUGUGUGAAAAUUCUUCCUCCUCAUUCUCUAAAACGUCUCCGCUCCCUCUCCCCACCGAAAAAAAAAAAAAAAGGAAAGGAAGAAAAGGCUCAAUUAUACUUUUUCUGGAAAAGGUGAGUCCUUUCCUGAAGUCUUCAAACAAAUCUUACCUGGAAAUUAGUAUCUAAUAUUUUAUAUGAAGAAAUACUUUAAUGUAUGUUUAUACAGUAUUUAUUAGGUAGUUGUAACUAUAAACUCAGCUACCUAGUAGAGUUUCAGAUUAAAUAUUGGGACAUGUACAGGAAUCAAAAAUAUUACUUUAAAUGUCAUUCACCUAUUUUAAAGCCAUGUUUUAGCACUUCUUAGGCUAGCUAAAGUCUGAUAGUGCUUGUUUUUAUCAUCUGUGCUCUCACAAAGUUUGUUAUUGAAAAUUAUUGCAUGCAGGAGGGAUCAAAUUAUUUAUUUCUUAUAUUUUUAUAAGUGGAAGAAUCUCUCUAACCAACAAAUGAUUAAAGGUGUUACUGAUUAUUUUCUUAAUUUAUCCUCCUAACAGUAUGGUAACAAAGCUUUUUUCAGCCGAUUAAAUGCACUUAGCUAAUAAACCAAAAUUUACUCUUUAAAAAAAAUUUAAACUGUGUGGAAUCUGGACAAGACUAUGUUUCUCCUAGAAAAAACACAUUUCAUUGUAAAUGGUUUUGAUGGACAAAAGUGUGUCCACUUUUGAGAAAAGGUUAUAUUGGAUUUUUUUAAUUUUGAGACAACCUCCAGGUCUCCUUGUUUAAUUUAUAUCCAUAUUUUUAAUUCAAAUUAUCUUGUAAGCUGCUAUGCAAAAUCUAUUAAAAGCCCUACUUACUCAAAGAGUUAAACAUUUUUGAAGCUUUCAGGGAAGACCUGUAGACUUAAGCACUUUCUCUGCUUUUUUUGUAUCUUAGACACUUAUGCUGAAUUAUGUUCUUAUUAUUUUCACUGGUUAUAAGCUAUUGAUUGUACAUAAUAUUUAAACCAACCAAAUAUCCAGCAUACAUUUCCAUGUCGCUGCCAUCCACUGUCGACGCCAUGAAUGAAAUGGCUGGUUAGAAAGCCAAAGGUCAUUUUUUUUCAAUAUCCAGUGAAGUAAAAUGCCGGAUCUGUUUGGUCUCAAAGCAUGUUGAGAUCUGCAUAUCUGUGUAAGGGAAAGAGACUUCUUUGGCAUUCUGCUUAAACUUUAAGUUGAAUUUGAUUAUAGUCAUAUUCAUUUGUUUUAUAUAUCUCUAUCAGGUAUAUUACGUGCCAGGUGGUAUUAUAUCCUACCUUGAGAUUGGAAAUCUCUUUCAUUUAAAUUUGAAUUCUUAUUGUGGCUUUUUUUUUUUUUUUCUCCAUUAGAUCAAAGUAGAGGAAUCUGACAUCUGCUACCAUUCUCUCUGUGUCCCUACUUUAAUUUUUUGGUAAUCUAGAAUUAUUUUGUUAUACAUACUGUCUUUAAAAACUGACAGCAGCAGUCCCCCAACCCCUGCCCACCUUUUUAAGCUAUAUAUUUCACUGUGCUGGGCAUAGAGACAAUAAAUGUGUGAUGACAGACAAUUCUAAAAUAAUUAUGCUGUAUAUCAGGAUUACGUGUUUUUGAGCAAUAUAGCUAUUCCUAUGGUAUAAGGAUAUUCAGUGAAAUUUAUUUUACACUAGUAAUAGACUACUUAAGUGGUUGAUUUUAAACCCUUUCUCUAAAGCACACACAUACACACAUCUAGCAGAUCAGUGAUAAUUUCAAGUUAAAGUAAGGUACAAUUAAUAGACACAUAGAACACAUCUGUCUCUUUUUGACACUAGUUAAA